AUGGAUCCAGAAUCAGGGAUGUUAUUAAUUAUUUGGUUUAGUCAGGCAGGGAGGGGGGCCAGCUUCGACGUCCCUAUAGGGGAUGGCCUGGUCCUCCCUCCCCAUUUUGCUGAGUUUGGCCGGCAUCUCCAGGUCUCUUUUGGUUUUCUGACUUCUUUAUUUGAGCUAGACACCCUGGUCCCUCCUCUUACUCCCAUCAGUAAGGAGGUUCUCAGUCAGGCUGUGAAGGCCAGUUUCUCUGGAUUCACCCAGGAGAGAAUCACUCGCCAAUUUCCACCAGAUCCAACGCUGUGGUCUCACUGGGAGGUGAACCACUGGUUAGACUGGUGCCGGGCCGAGUUUGGACUCCAGGUCCUGGACUCGGACCUGCGUGGUCUGCAGGGCAGUGAACUGUGUGGUCUGGACCGAGAUGCUUUCCUCAGCCUGAUGUCCGACUGCACCGCAGGAGAGAUCCUGUGGGAACAUCUGGACACCAUGAGGAGAGAGAACGACUUUGAUUGCCCUUCAUUACAAAUGUGCACUGAACCGUCUUACUGUCAACUUCAAGUCAGCAAAGACAUUCAGUCGGACAAAAACAGUUACCACCACCACGUUCAGUAUGACGUCACAGAGACGACAGAGAUUCACACCCUGGACACCGUGUCUCUUGAGCAGCAGCAUUACUAUCUGAACAGAGCCUCGCCAGCUCUGUGUCACAACACAGGAGUGAACGGGGAGACAGACUCAGAGGUGGACAUUGCUCACAGUGAUGACUCCGACAUUGUGGACGCUCUGUCGUGGACGGCACCCCUCCAGGACAUAGACCAAGCCGUGGACGAGACCAUGUCCGAAGGUGUCUUUACCUUACCGCAGUCACACCAGACCUUCAAAGACUAUGUGGGCAACAAGACCGAUGUGAGCAGAGCUGUGAUCCCAGCAGCUGUCCUCGCUGGCUACACCGGAAGUGGUCCCAUUCAGCUGUGGCAGUUCCUCCUGGAGCUGCUGACGGACCGCAGCUGUCAGUCGUGUAUCAGCUGGACAGGAGACGGUUGGGAGUUCAAGCUCACAGACCCUGAUGAGGUGGCGCUGCUGUGGGGCCGGAGGAAGAACAAACCCAAGAUGAACUACGAGAAGCUGAGCCGCGGCCUGCGCUACUACUACGACAAAAACAUCAUACGCAAGACGGCCGGCAAGCGCUACGUCUACCGCUUUGUCUGCAACCUGCAAGGCCUGCUGGGAUACGAGCCCGGAGAGCUGCACGCUAUGUUGGACGUCAGUCCUAAGAGUCGCUCAUGACACAAAUACAAAUACUGGGAGGACAAAGCAAAGAGACACUUUUUUCUAUAUGUGCGAGGAUGCUAACGUUGUAUGCUAACAGAUGACAUGUAGCACUUUUCGCUUGUU